AUGCCCUCAAUCACCAAAGACUUUUCUAUUAAAGCUGUUGCACCAAUACCGUAUACCUUAUACUAUGGAACAUUUAUUCAUACACCAACUUUAAAUAACUUGGACAUCAGUUUUAACACUCUUGUGGGGGUCAGUUCGGAUGGUGUCAUUGAUUACAUAUAUAAAGAGUAUAACCCACUGGAUCAUGAGGGAGAGUCACCUAUUGAGUUUUUCCAGUUGCGUUCAUCAUCAAGUUCCAAAGAGAUCAAGUUUAUCGAUUUAUCUCAAGAUUAUACAAAGUUUUUCUUUCCUGGUUUCAUAGAUACUCACAUUCAUGCAUCGCAAUUUCCCAAUAUUGGCAUUGGGUUGGAUACACCUUUGCUAGAUUGGUUAAACAAGUAUACAUUCCCCCUCGAAAAUCGAUUUUGCAACGAUACUGCUGAUAAUGGUGGCAAUGACGCCCUGAAGAAGUUGGAAUUUGCCAAGCAAGUGUACACCAGGGUCAUUCAACGUACAUUGAUGAAUGGAACUACAUGUGCAUCAUAUUUCACCACGAUUGACCCGGAAACUACAAACUAUUUUGCUGAAUUGUUGUUGGUGUUAGGUCAAAGAGGAUUUGUGGGGAAAGUGUGCAUGGAUUGUAAUGAUCCUUAUCCAAAGUAUCAAGAAAGUUUGGACGACUGUGUAAAUUCAAUGACUAAGAUUGUUGACCAUUUAGAAGAGGUUAAUCCUGUGCAUGAAUCCUUAGUGAAGCCAAUAAUAACCCCCAGAUUUGCCCCAGUCUGUUCUAGGGAAAUGUUGACCUACUUGGGGAAUCUAAGCAAGGAGAAGAAGUUGCCCAUACAAACGCACAUUAGUGAAAACAAACUGGAGAUUGAACUUGUAGCGAAAUUGUUUCCUGAUUGCGAGAGCUAUAGUCAAGUGUACAAUAAAUACAACUUGUUAAAUCAAUCAACUAUUUUGGCUCAUUGUAUUCAUUUAUCACCACAAGAGUGCCAACUUAUUGCUGACAAAAAAUGUUCGGUAUCACAUUGUCCUACUUCAAAUACGUUUAUAUCCAGUGGUGAAGCUCCAGUGCGCAAGUACUUGUACGACUACAAUAUUAACGUAUCUUUGGGCACUGAUGUAAGUGGAGGGUUUGAUUCAAGUAUAUUGCACAUUAUCAAACAUGCAAUUUUAGUCAGUCAUCACUUAUCUAUGAAGCCAGGAGUGGAAAGCGAAGCCACUGAUUGCAAGUUAUCCUUGACUGAAGGGUUAUAUAUGUCAACCAUGGGUGGUGCAAAAGCAGUUGGUUUGCAAGAUCAAAUUGGAUCAUUCGAAAAGGGUAAGAAGUUUGAUUGUCAAUUGAUUGAUUUGACUAGUAGCAGAGUAGUUUCAACUGAUGUGUUUCCAUGGCAAGUGCCUAGUAAUAUUGAUACCGCUGAUGCCAAGUACGACAAAAUGAUUGACUUGUUGGGCAAGUGGGUCUUUAGUGGUGAUGAUCGUAAUUGCGUUGGUGUAUGGUGCAAUGGGAGACAGGUUGUUGAUAAGCGAGAAGCAGGUGAUGUAAAGAUGAAUGGGAUGAAGUAG